UAAAAUGUGAAAAUAAUAAUGAAUAAUCCACUAUUCUGCAAGUUUUGUGUAUAAAACAAAAUCUUAUCCCCCAAAUAAUCUUCAAAAUGAAGCAAUUAGUUGAAAACAAAUAAAUCUCUAACUAUAAAUGGACCUGGUUAUUAGUAAUUGAAGCUACUAUCAUUGCUCUUAUUAUUUACAUCCAAUUGUCCUUUUAAUCAUCAGUUGAAUUGAAUCAACUACAUAACCAAUCAUUGACUAAAAUCACUUCCUCUGGUAUAACUGUAAAUAUAGAUUAGUAAGAUUCUUUCUGUUAGUUACUUGUAACAACCAAUACAUUUUUUUCUUUAAUUAAUUCAAUAAAUAUAAAUGCGAAAAUCCUUGCACAUAGUUUCCCUCCAACCUAUCGCAGUGUAUAUAAGAAACUUGAUCUCUCUCUCUCUCUCAACUCUCAAGCAAGAAAGUUUCCUCUCCAUUUUCUCGGCAGUUUCUCUCCAUUUUCUCGGUUCUUCUCUUCUGCAGAACCGCCGCGAUUCUCACCGCCGAACUAUGGAAAACAACUCCGCCGAUGGCGCCGUCGCUCGCUCCCGUGACCAACUCUACUACUCUACUCGCAGCGUUAUGCAGCAGCGCCGCCAAGACAUGGUGAACCGAGAGGCACUGUGCUGCACGCGCCUCCACGAGGCGACUCUCGAAGCGGAAGCUCUCCGUCUGGAGAACACCGAGCUCCGUUCGCUGAAUCUCCUCCUCAAGAAAGAGAUCGACCAGCUCAUCCGAUCCUCCCUCCGCAACCGUUACAACAGGGCUCCGCUUCGGACGCUCGGAGGGAAUAACGAGAAUCGGAGCCCCCCGGCGGCCGCGGCGGGGGAUCGGAACCGACGAGAUGAUGAUGACGUCAGCGAUGAGAGUCCGACGAAUGAGGAUGUGAACCGGUCUUCUCUGCCCAAGAGCAUCUCCGUGAGAUCAAGCGGUUACUCUAAGGCGAGCGUAGGAGGUGGUGGUGGUGGUUUCGUUGUUCAAUCUCGUGGAGCCAUACCUAAGCCUGGGACUUGUGCUCAACAACGUAUCACUACCACGCGAAAGGUAUAUGUGCGAGGAGGGAAGAAAGAAGAAGACGAGGAGGAGGAGAUAGAAGUGGAGGUGUACAAUCAAGGGAUGACAAAGACAGAGCUUUGCAACAAAUGGCAAGAGACAGGGACAUGCCCAUAUGGUGACCACUGCCAGUUCGCUCACGGUAUUAAAGAACUCCGCCCGGUGAUCCGCCACCCUCGUUACAAGACUGAGGUUUGCAGAAUGGUUCUCGCUGGUGAUAUCUGUCCUUACGGCCACCGUUGCCACUUCCGCCACUCACUAUCUGACCAAGAGAAGCUCAUGUCUGCUGCCUGCAAACCCAACAACAAGUCUUCCUCCAAGCUGGUUAAAUGACCAAAGAAUCGUACACAUAUAAUUCAACAGUACUAAUACAUAAUACAUAGAGAGAGAUCGAUACAGCUAUUCAAAGGAUUUGCCAAAUAGCGUAUUGGUAAAAAAGUGAAUAAUGUGCAAGUGGUCGGUUAUUUCUUGAGACUUUAACAUUUGUUGGUUAUCAGAUGAUUGUUUUGUUAAUACAUUGUUGUAGAA